GUAAUUUAUUUUUUAUAAUUUGUUUAUCAAUUAUUUAUUAGUUUUCUGUGUAUUUAUAAUGAAAAUUAAUUGUGGAUUCAAUUGAAUGAAUGGUUAAUGAAUUGAUGAUCGCUUUGAAUGUAUGUAUGAAUUGAAUGACAGCUGAAGUUGUGAUCGAAAGCCAUAUCAAAGUUUGUCUCUCUUUUUGUGCUCAAAAUUAUUGAAACAAAUGUUUGAAUCCUUUUAAGGAUUGAAUCCUAAAUACGAGGAAAACAUUCACACAAUUAUUGUCUCAAUUUGUGUAUUGAAAGUGAGAUUCACUUCUUCUUCUUCUACUCAAUCCGACCACUCAUUCCUCGACAGACAUAUUGUGUCCACGAAUGCAAUGAUUUUCUCCGAGACAUCCAUUACUUGGGAUUGAGUUUUGGCUCAAAUCCAGUCAAAGGCAAUGAGUGGUUGUGGUCGUCCACCGCAGAUGACGUCCAUCUGGACGGCCAUCUUUGACUACGAGGCCACCGGUGAUGACGAGCUCUCCCUUCAGAGGGGGGACAGAGUGGAAGUGCUCUCAACUGAUACCAGGAUCUCUGGCGAUGAGGGCUGGUGGACGGGAAAGAUUGGCCAAAGGGUCGGCAUAUUUCCAUCCAAUUUCGUGAUUCCCGAGAGGUGUGCACCGAAUGAGGUCCCGGUUUUGCCACAAAUAUGUCAAAUAGAUUUCAAUGAAUUAAAACUGGAAGAAGUGAUAGGAAUCGGAGGGUUUGGUAAAGUGUAUAAAGGGAUUUGGAGGGGCGAUGAGGUGGCCGUGAAAGCCGCGCGACAGGACCUCAACGAAGAUAUAUCUGAAGUGUUGGCCGGUGUUAGACAAGAGGCGCGACUGUUCUGGGCUUUAGAUCACCCGAAUAUCGUUCACUUGAUUGGCGUCUGUUUGAAAGAACCGAAUCUGUGUCUUGUGAUGGAAUACUUGAGGGGCGGCUCUUUGAAUAGGGUAUUGUCCGGCAAACACAUCCCGCCGGCCGUCAUCUGCGAGUGGGCCAUACAAAUAGCUGAUGGCAUGAAUUACUUACACAAAAAGACUCCCAUUUCUCUUAUUCACAGAGAUCUCAAGUCUAGCAAUGUUCUUCUGAAUGAGCCGAUCGAUGACGACAACUGGUUUCGGAAGACACUGAAGAUUACAGAUUUAGGAUUAGCGCGAGAACUAAGCAAAACCACGCGUAUGUCUCAAGCGGGCACUUAUGCCUGGAUGGCUCCCGAAGUGAUUAAAUCAUCGACUUUCUCAAAGGCCAGUGACGUCUGGAGUUAUGGUGUUGUCGUUUGGGAGAUCUUGACGGGAGAGAUGCCAUAUAAAGGCAUCGAUGCUCUGGCAGUUGCAUAUGGAGUAGCUAUGAAUAAAUUAAUUCUUCCCAUUCCCUCCUCGUGUCCGCCGGAAUUCAAAGCCCUUCUCGAAGCGUGUUGGGAUGAGACGCCUCACAAUCGGCCGGACUUUGAAAGUAUUCUCAAUAGUCUGAUAGAUAUCGCAAACUCUCAGUUUCCCGAAACAAAUGCCGAAUCUUUUCACACAAUGAGAAAUGAUUGGAAGGAAGAAAUCAAUCAAAUUCUUGAAGAACUGAAGACUAAAGAAAAGGAGUUGCGGUCUCGAGAGGAAGAGUUAACUAAAGCUAUGGUUGAACAACAAGUGAAAGAACAGGUGCUUAAAGAGCGCGAACGGGAAUUGGCUGAACGAGAGAUGGAUCUGUUGGGCCGUGAAUUGAAUGUCAUUAUUCUUCAACAACAACACGACUCCAAACCUCAGCCAAAGAAGAGAAAAGGAAAGUUCCGUAAAAAGAAACUAUUGAAGGAUAUGUUGAAACACGGAUCGACUCACGAGAUAAGUUUGCCGCAGAAUUUUCGCCACAAUAUUACCGUCACAUCUAGUCCUGAAAGUCUGUCCCCAACGCCCACAACCGGUUCAGUGUCGCGACUUCGGGCAUACGCUGUAACGCCGCCCCCAAACACUUGGGGCCCGAGUACUAGACAUCAAAGGGAACGCAAACGUAUGAAUCAGGUCUGGAAGAGUGAACCCAAUUUUGACAAAGGAAAGGGCAUUCCUUACCAGAAUAUGAGCACUUUUUAUGCCUACAACACUGUACUCGACGACACCCCCGAGGAAUGCGAUAGCGGUUUGCAGUCGAAUGAGGCGUCUUCUGGCUCUUCAUCUGUCGAACACCGAAAUAAGAGAAAAUUCUUUUCCAGUAUUGACUCUGCGAUCGGAAAAAUUGGCGCAAUGAUCGCAAACAUAGCACUCGGAUCUGAUAUACGUUCGGUUCAGAAACAGAACCUCCAGAAGGCGUCGGACGACACCUACGACGGCAACUCAAUCGAUGAAUUGGAUUACUAUAGCGGCGCUAACAUCGAGAACAAGAACGCCACAUAUCACGGACACACCAAGUAUUCGUCGCGACCGAGUAUUAACGUCGACUUCAAAGGCCCCCAAACCUAUUCCCGACGCAAAUCCUCGACAACCAGUUGCGAAAGUGAUUACAAUAUCGCCAACAGAGAUAUGGUCGCCGAAGAGAUGCCCAACCGAUACGUGGAUCCCUCGGAAACCCGUGACAAUGUGUCAAACGCCGGACAUUACAGAUACCAUCGCCGGAGUUCGUCCAACAGUUCAAACAUAAACCCAUCGUUCAAAUCAAGCGACGAAGACUUUAACAAAAGCGGGACUCACUAUCAGCUGAAUAAAAGUUUGCGACCGACAACUCUUGACCUCAACUCCGACAAGAAUUAUAGGAAACAAUACAAUGUUUGGAACAAUAGCUCCAUUUCACCCGUCCAUUCAUCGCCCGAUAGUUAUUACGAUAUGAAUAGUCCGAGCAGUCCAUCGACAACACCCCAGAGAACAGUUCGCUUCAAUUUCGCCAACGCCUACAGAAACCCAAAUACAUCACACAAUUUACCCAUUGCUACAAAUCCUAACCCCAGGACUACACUAAUGGAUGUGCCCGCAGAUGGACAACAAUUAGACGCCACUAAACCAUUGACUGCCAUUUUAGGGAACAGAAAACCCAACAGAAAGACUAUUAAACAUGAAUUGUAUCAAGAGUUUGGUAAUUAUUUAUAGAUAUAAAUUGAAAUACUUAUGAAUAGAAUUUAGUCAAACAGUAAUCAAAUUAGUAAAGAUUAUAAAUUAAUUAUAUAUA